CACAGCAUUUACCCUCAGGAUAUAGUGGGGGACAGAAACGUUGCAAUGUUCCCGGUAACAAGCCGGCGACCAAGUCCGUGCCACAAAAGUCAAUGCUGGAGGAUGAUUUGAAGAUCAGCAGUGACGAGGAGGACAGUGAACAACAGGCGUCUGACAAAAUCAAACCCAGGACAAGCACUCUGAGCCUGCCGGUGGCUGCGUCCCGCCCGGCUGAUCAGGGCCACUCCAGCGGCGCCUCAGGCAGCUCCAGCGAAUCAGAGAGCAGCUCCGAGUCCGACUCCGACAGCGAGAGAGCAGCUCCAGCGACAGCGAGUGCAACGGCGCCUCCCGAACCGCGACCCCCCGAGCCUGAACCUCCAUCCACCAACAAAUGGCAGCUGGACAAGUGGUUGAACAAGGUGACUCCGCAUAACAAGUCCCUGGUAACCCCUCAGCCAGAAAGCCAUGUUCCGCCCGUUAGCUCCCAGCCCACCCACAACCUGGCAUCCGAGAGCCCCGCCCCAGGGGUUAAGACCAAACCUGGCAAUCCAACCCCGUCCCUGGCCCUGCCUGAUCCUAAAAACCCACGAGGGCUUCUCAGUCCCGACAAAGCCAAGCCAAAAGCGGUCCAGAGGGCACCCGAGGGGCAAAGGUCAAAGGGCAAAUUUCCAGGUGUGGCGGGGGCGGAGCCAGCAGCACCUCGGCGGAGCACAGGGAAGAAACAGCCCAGGAAGGUAGAGCGCUCGUCCAGCCUGGAUGACCAACAGCAGCACCAUCCACCCUGGCCCAGACCCACCCACUCCAGUCUCCCCACCAACCCCCCCAGGGAGAAGGACCCCCCACCUCCACCCCUCCCACUGGAGGCCCCCCGGCCAAGGACCAAGGCCCCAAGCGGGAAGACAGCCCCAAGGAAAGAGCCCCGCAACACCAGCACCACCUCCACCCCUACCCCUCCUGCCCCUGCUCCUCCUGCACCCCCUCCGCCAGCGCCCCCCGCCCCGCCCGUGGACAAGAAGAAACACAGGGGACCCAGCAAGAUCGUCCCCAAGUCGAAAGAGUUCAUCGAGACAGAGUCGUCCUCCUCGUCCGAGUGCCACUCGGAUCCGGAGGAGCCAGGGAAGGUCCUUCUGCCACCGGGCCCAGGACCCAGCACCACGGGCAGCCUCGGCAGCUUGGGAGGCCUGAAGCCCAAGGAAUGUAUCACCCUGGGAAGCACCAACCUGAGUGUGACCAGCCUGGGAAGCUCCAGCAGCACAUCCAUACCGGACCCUGGAGGGGUAGGGGACUUAGAAGACCCCGAGGCCCUGUUCUCCCCCACCCCGCUGGGCCAAACCCACCUCCUCUCCCCCCUAAGGGACCUGGAGCACAUUAAGUCCCUCUGGGUAAAGAUUGAGCUCAGCUUCCUGACUAGGAUACCCGGGCAAGAAGUGGCCCGCAACCCCACGCCGCCCCCGCCACCGGUUGUUGUGCAUGCGGUGUCUGCCAAGAUGGCGGAAACGAGGGAGGGUGGAGCCAAGCACAGGCGGCAGGUGCCGUCUUCCUCGACCCCUGUCCAGAAGCCCCCUAGCAAGAGCAAGAGGAAACACAAGUCUGAGCAUUGUGAAGCGGUCAACGGUAGCAAGAAGCUUCGCUUGGAGGCUGACUCCCUGCUCCUGCCUCCCUGCAUCUCGCCAAUACACAACCACAAGAGCUCUGGCACAAAAGACUCCUUAAGGAGACAGUCCAGGAAGGAGAAACUGCUUCCCCCCUUGCUGUCGCCCCUCUCCGACGAGCCCCCGCGACAAGGCAGACCCAGCGAGUGUAGCUCCUCUUUUGGCCAGGACGGUGGGGCCAGCGGCCCCAUCACCAGCACCUUCCCUGCCCUGGGCCUCUCCCUGCCCCCCUGCUCCUCCUCCUCCUCCUCCACGUCCUCCUCCUCCUCUCACAAACACCGCAGGGGAGACGGCAAAGCUUUUUCGCAUUCUAAGACGAGCAGUGAGGAGGACACCCACGGCAAGCCCUGCAGCGGUUUCCACGGCAACGGCCAGUCGGACUCAGAUAUGUGGUCGAACCCGUCGUCCAUGUCCAUGGAGCAGGCAGAGCCGCGGAGACCCAAGCUCACGUUCAACAACACGGUUCACAGUGCAGACUACUACAUGCAGGAGGCUAAGAAACUGAAGCACAAGGCCGACGCACUGAUGGAGAAGUUUGGCAAGGCGGUGAACUACGCCGAUGGCGCGCUGUCGUUCAUCGAGUGUGGCAACGCCAUGGAGAGAGACCCGCUGGAGGCAAAGUCUCCCUACACCAUGUACUCUGAGACCGUGGAGCUCAUCCGGUACGCCAUGAGGUUAAAGAACUUCACGAGUCACUCGGCGACGGUUGCCGAGAAGAAAUUAGCUGUGUUGUGCAAUCGCUGUUUAUCUCUGCUGUACCUGAGAAUGUUCAAGCUGAAGAAGGACCAUGCUGUGAAAUACUCUCGUUCCCUCAUGGAGUAUUUCAAGAACUCUUCCAAAAGUUCCCAAGCACCUUCACCCUGGGGAGCCAAUGGGAAGAGUACCGGCACUCCGUCGCCCCUCUCUCUGAGUCCGUCUCCGGUCAGUUCCGUCUGCAGUAGCGGCGGCGGCGGCCCGUCGGGCCAGACGGGCUCCGCCCCCUCCGGCAGCGUGGCCAUCCCCCAGAGGAUCCACCACAUGGCGGCCAGCCACGUCAACAUCACCAACAACAUCCUCCGCAGCUACGAACACUGGGACACCGCCGAGAGACUGGCAGUCGAGAGCCAUGAAUUCUUUGAGGAGUUGGACUCAGUGCUGGAGCCUCUGAGCCAGCUAAGCAGCAUGACUGACCUGGUGCGCUACAUCAGACAAGGCCUGCACUGGCUCAGGAUCGAGGCUCACCUUUUAUAGUGCUGGUCUACUAGGACCUGGGACUGGGCCUUGGACUGGAGCUAGGACUAGGUUUGGGUCUGAUCUUGGGAUUAUGGACUGGGAUGAGAACUGAAGCCAGGGCCUGUGAUUGGAGUUUGAACCUAGGAUUUGGGUUGAGGCUGGACUAGGCCCAGGCUUGGGACCACAGUGCAACUGGACCUGCCACUGUCUCACAUUCAUCGCUACCUCCACCAGCAUCUCUUCUGUCCAACCACAACCCACCUACCAGCCAGCAUAUCCCUACCUUCUGAC